AACACACUAAAAAGUAAAAAAGCAAAGCGAAAGGCAGAGAAAGCACACAAUAUCACAAUCAUCAUUAUCAUCAUCGUCUUCGUUGAUCAAUCUCCGGCGGCGACGAGCAAUGGCCACAAACAGCAACCCAAACUCCCGCCCUCUCCGCGUCUUCUUCAUCCCUUACUUCGCCACCGGCCACAUGAUCCCCAUGGUCGACAUUGCCCGUCUCUUCGCCACCCGCGGCGUCGACUCCACCAUCCUCGUCACCCCUGCCAACGCCACCCUUAUCUCUCCGACCAUCGACGCCGCCUCCGCCGCCGGCCUCCCCAUCCGCACUCUCCUCUACCCAUUCCCUUCCUCCGCCGUCAACCUCCCUCCCGGCGCUGAGAACCUCGCUUCCGUCCCUCUUUCCGACGCUCCCAAAAUAGACGCCGCCUCUCUUCUCACCGUCAACGACCACGACCGUCUCCUCCGUCUCCACCGCCCUGACGCCGUCAUCUCCGACACUCACUUCUUCUGGACGACCUCCAUCGCCAAGGACCUUCACAUUCCCCGCAUCUCCUUCCACGCCAUCGGUCUCUUCCCCGUUUGCGUCAUGAGCAGCCUCUUCCGUCACCUUCCUCAUCUCACCGUCUCCGACGACCUCCACCCGUUCCUCAUCCCCGACCUUCCCCAUCCCAUCCACAUGAUCCGCUCCGAACUCCCCGAUUUUCUCCGCUCUAACAACACCGCCAUCGGCGAAGCCAUGUCCGCACUCUCUGACGCCGAGUCCGGCUCCCUCGGCGUCGUCGUCAAUAGCUUCGCUGAGCUAGAGUCGGCUUACGCAGACUACUACUACAAACACGACAAGAUGACAACUUGGUUCGUCGGACCCGUUGCUGAGGUCACCGGGAAAGUAUCCCGCGGUGCCGCGGAGAACUCGAAAGCGAUAUCUAACCGAGAAUGUUGCAUGGAAUGGUUGGAGAAGCAGAGAGAGAGGUCGGUCGUGUAUGCAUGUUUUGGUAGCUGGUGUUACUUCUCGUCGGAGCAAAUGAAGGAGAUGGCGCUGGGGUUGGAGAUGGCCGGACAUCCGUUCUUGUGGGUUGUGAGAGAAGGGGAUGGAGAGGAGGAGUGGAUGCCGGAUGGGUUCGAGGAGAGGGUGAAGGAGAAAGGGUUGGUUGUCAGAGGAUGGGCGCCGCAAGUGGAGGUGCUCCGGCAUAGAGCGGUCGGAGGAUUCGUGACGCACUGUGGAUGGAACUCGGUGUUGGAAGGUGUGAGCUCCGGGUUGCCGAUGGUGACUUGGCCACUGUCGACGGAGCAGUUCAUGAAUGAGAAGCUGGUGGUGGAGGUGGUGGGGACGGCGGUGAGAGCUUGGGAAGGGAGGAGGAGCACGGAGGAAGGGGAGAAGGAGGUGGUGAAGAGUGGGGACUUGGCGGUGGCGGUGGAGAAGGUGAUGGGUGCCGGAAAAGAAGCGGAGAAGAGAAGAGAGAAGGCGAGAGAGGUCGGAGAGAUGGCGAAGAAGGCCGUUGAUGUCGGUGGGUCUUCGUAUGAAGGUCUCAGCCGUUUGAUUCAGGAUAUCAGAGAUUUUGAUGGUGGGAUUAACGGUCGUGAUCGUGUUUGAAUUUCACUUAUUUUUAUUUUGGCUACUUGGAAGUCUAAUGGUGUAGCUGUUGGUUUUAUUUUUAUUUUAUAAUAAAAGCUGCCGCAGUUUGGAUUUUUGUUA